AUGGCCGCGAAUGCCGCACAGAACGACCAGCAGCGGUACUACGCACCCCACCUGCAAUCAAAUGCAUUGGCAUUGGCAAACGUGAAGUUCUUUAGCGCGUGCUUCGCUGGCGCAGCGGCAGGCGUACUCGGGCUGGAGAACUGGGCCGGAUUCUCUCUAUUCGCCUUCGCCACUAUCCUGACCACCACCAUAUUGUCGCUUGUCAACUACAAGGGAAAACCGACACGAUAUGUGAAAGGAGGGGUCUUUGAAAUUGCGAAUCCCGGGCAGGAGAACCUAGCGUCGUUCAUCCUUGCAUGGACAUUAUUCUACGGCAUUGUACAUGUGUACGACUGA